AUGGGCAUCGAUCGCCCUGCUCCUGGAACCGGGCUCAAGGUUCAUUUCAAAGAUUCGAACGGAAAUCUGAUCAAGACGGUGGAGGCGAACGAGGGAGACGACAUUUUGGCUAUCGCGCAUGAAUAUGAUAUUGAUUUGGAGGGGGCCUGCGAGGGUUCAGUAGCAUGCUCCACAUGUCACGUCAUCCUCCCGGAGGAGUACUACGACCUGCUUCCCGAGCCAGAGGACGACGAGAACGACAUGCUGGAUAUGGCGUUCGGCCUCACGGACACCAGCCGUUUGGGAUGCCAGGUCAAGCUCACGAAAGAGCUCGAUGGGAUAACGUGCACCCUGCCGUCUGCCACUAGAAACAUAGGUCCGGUUGUGUUGUGGUUUGGGUGCCAAGCCUCCGUUAUUAAAGGAUGGAUCGGUGUGGGUGUGUUGCGGAAGGCAAGGCCGGAGAAAGUUGCCACCGGCAAAAAACCUUCGCAUUGA